AUGUCUUCCAUCAAGAAUGUUGCCGUCAUUGGCGCCUCAGGCAAUGUCGGAAAACCCAUUACUGAAGCACUUCUUGCGGACGGGUUCAACGUCACAGUUCUGACCAGAAACUCAUCAUCAUCCACAUUCCCAUCUGGUGUGACCGUGAAGAAAGUGGAUUAUGACUCUGUCAAGUCGCUUGAGGACGCCCUGCAGGGCCAAGACGCCGUAGUAUCUGCGGCUGCUUCCCCUGCUGUAGGCAAUCAGUAUCCUAUCAUAGAUGCCGCCCUCAAUGCGGGGGUCAAGCGCUUCAUUCCGUCAGAGUUCGGCAUCAACACAAGGACAGUGCAGCACGAGGGAUUGAAGACAAUUAUCGCUGGCAAAAUCAAAGUGGCUGAUUAUCUUGCCGAAAAAUCCAAGGGGAACCCAUCUUUCACCUGGACUGGAGUCGCCAAUGGCCUCUUUUUUGACUGGGGUCUUCGACUCAGCGGCCUCGGAUUCGACAAGAGCGGCAAGAGUGCCAAUAUUAUCGACUCGGGAAACACUCCAUUUUUCGCAUCCAACUUGUCAUUCAUCGGUAAGGCGGUUGCGGCGAUUCUUAAGAAUGCAGACAAGACUGCAAACCAAUAUUUGUCUAUCGCCUCUUUCACCAUCACCCAGAACCAACUCUUGAAGAUAGUAGAAGAGGAAUCAGGGACGAAGUGGACGACCGAACAAAUCAAGUCGUCCGAUCUGGACAAAAUUGGCUAUGAGAAGCUGGAGAAGAAGGACUUCAGCGCUUUCAGAGAUUUUCUUCAGGUAUACUUGUACAAAGAUGGUGGCGACAGUGCAAAUACUGAGUUGGCUAAUGGCCUCCUCGGCUUGAAAGAGGAGGAUCCAAGACCAACUAUCAAGAAGUUCCUUGAGGGUACAUUGUAG